AUGCGACCAGCACCUGGCCAGAACUACCCACGAACCGGAUUCCCGUUAGAAGGUAACCGUACAGAUGAUGGCUCGGAAGUGGAGUCAGAGCCAGACCUGCCCCUGAAAAGGAAACAGAGACGCAGCCGUACCACCUUCACGGCGGAGCAGCUGGAGGAGCUUGAGAAGGCCUUUGAGAGGACACACUACCCCGACAUCUACACUAGAGAGGAGCUCGCACAGAGGGCCAAACUGACCGAGGCUCGUGUACAGGAGCUAGCCCCAGGCCGCUACAGAGAGAAUAAGGCGGACGUGCUAGAGCAAGGUAACCGUACAGAUGAUGGCUCGGAAGUGGAGUCAGAGCCAGACCUGCCCCUGAAAAGGAAACAGAGACGCAGCCGUACCACCUUCACAGCAGAGCAGCUGGAGGAGCUCGAGAAGGCCUUUGAGAGGACGCACUACCCCGACAUCUACACUAGAGAGGAGCUUGCACAGAGGACCAAACUGACCGAGGCUCGUGUACAGGUCUGGUUUAGCAACCGAAGAGCAAGGUGGCGCAAACAAGCAGGAGCAAAUCAGCUGGCAGCAUUCAACCACUUGUUGCCUGGAGGGUUUCCACCAACUGGCAUGCCAACCUUACCCACCUAUCAGCUUCCAGAGUCAGCGUAUCCCAGCACCACUCUCUCGCAAGAUGGCAGCAGUACAUUGCACCGGCCGCAGCCUCUGCCGCCUUCCUCCAUGCACCAGGGCGGACUCUCGGCCGACAGUAGCUCCGCCUAUGGCCUCUCAUCCAACCGCCACACCUUCUCCAGCUAUUCAGAGACUUUUAUGAGCCCGUCAGCUACAAGCAACCACAUGAAUCCCGUGAGCAACGGCCUUUCGCCACAGGUGAUGAGUAUUUUGAGUAACCCCAGCGCCGUCCCGUCCCAGCCUCAGCACGAUUUCUCCAUCUCUCCUCUCCACGGCAGUCUGGAGGCGUCUAACCCCAUC